AUGUCAACUCGUACGUCAACCCGAUCAACUAAAGCUGUGAAAUUUGUUGAUUCCGCUGAUGAUGAUGAGGGAGAAUUUGAGAAUUCAAGUGCAAUGAGAAUAAAAGAUGAACCUAAAAAGGUAAAAGCUCGUGGUCGUGCACGUCGUACUCGAACAAAUGACGAUGAAGAUUGGGAUGCAAGAAAUGAAGAAAGUGAUGUAGAAGAAGAAGAUGAUGAUGAUGAAGAAAGCGUUGAAGAUGAAGAUGCGACGAAAAAAUUUCAAACCAAACCUGUGAAUCGCACGAUAGACUCAGUUUAUGAUUUUGGAGAAAUGAGUAGUACAGCAAGAAAGUGGACAAAAACAGCUACACCACAACGCAAUAGUGUUGUUAGUGAUUCAGGAAAAUCAAUGGAAAAAUUAAUGUGUUCAUAUUGUAAUUAUACAACAACAAAAAAAUACCUUCUUCAAAGACAUUUAAAAUCUCAUUCAACUGAACGACCGCAUAAAUGUGCUUAUUGCGAUCGAUCAUUUAAAACAACUAUUCAAUUAACAAAUCAUGUUAAUACGCAUCUAGGUGUUAAGCCAUUUCAAUGCAAAUUUUGUUCAUUUUCAUUUACAACUAGUGGUGAACUUAUUCGACAUGUUCGAUACAAGCAUACCCUUGAAAAACCACAUCGAUGUGAAGAAUGCGGUUAUGCUACAGUUGAAUUAAGUAAAUUAAGGCGACAUAUACGUACACAUACAGGAGAAAAGCCCUAUGCAUGUCCACAUUGCUCGUAUUGUAGUCCGGAUACUUUUAAACUGAAACGACAUUUACGUGUUCAUACCGGCGAACGUCCUUAUCAAUGUACAAUUUGCAAUUUUCGCUUCACUCAAAGCAAUAGUUUAAAAGCUCAUAUGUUAACUCAUCAAGCCGAAAAACCAUCAUUUCCUUGUUCAUAUUGUCCAUCAGUUAUGGCUCGGAAAUCUGAUCUUCGUUAUCAUAUUGGUAAACAGCAUGCUCGUCAAUCUGAACCACUAUCGUGCAAUAAAUGUGAUGAAGAUUUUCCUGAUAAAUAUUCAUUACGUAUGCAUGGCAAAACUCAUAAAGGUCAAACAAUUCAUUCGUGUACGAAUUGCGAAUUUUCCGCUAAUACAAGUCAACAAUUGGAGGAUCAUAUGAAUAAACAUCGCGGCACACGGCCAUUUCAAUGUAGCGAAUGUGGUUUAAUGUUUGCAGCUCGUGCUGAUUUACGUGCACAUGUUACGCGCACACAUCGAAAUGCGUUAACACCAACAACAGCAGCAACAAUGAAUUCACCAACAACUAUGAAUCGUCGUCCACAACGGCGUGCUGCAUCGUUACAGCAUCGCUAUAUUGGUGCAUCAUCGGAUGCCGAAGAUGAUGAACAACAAGAAGAUGAUUUUCGUUGUCCGAUAUGCCAUCGACAAUUUACAUCAGCACGCUUACUUGAUCGACAUACAUAUGCCGUACAUGAACCAAAACAAGAUUCAUACGAUGGUAGAGAUUAUCAAACAAAUGAAAUGGACGAUGAAGAUGAUAUACGUGAUUAUGCCGAUGAUGAACUUGAAGAAAAAGAAAAAGUUAAUAUAAAUAGUAAAAAUGACUUUCGUUCAAAUCAAUUAAAAGUUGAAGAUGGUAUAACUGAUGAUGAACAAGCAAUGAAUGAAGAAGAACUGGAUUUAGCACCGAAUGUUGAAGAUAUUGUUGAAGGUGAUGACGAUAAUGAACCAAUACUAACAAUUAAAUCAAUAUCGUCAGCUAGUAGAAAACAAGUUGGAGUUGUAAGAAAAUUUGAUGAAGUUGAGCAUGAUGAUGAUGAUGAUGAUAAUCAAGAUGAUGUACCAAAUAAAAGAAAAUGUAAUAUUAUUCGAGCUUCAUUCAAAUCUAAUGAUGUUGAAAAACCUGACUUCGACGUAUUCGGUUUCAAUGGAUAA